UGUUAUAAUGAUUCAUGAACUGUCGUAUAAAUCAGAGCACAUAGGUUAACAAAUACAAUAAAUUCACAUCAUGUUCUGUUAAAUGCUUUGUUUGGGUUACAUAACUCAAAUUACUAGAAAAUUGCAUUUCAUGGACAUAUAGCAUGCACUCCAAUGUUCUUUAAAAAUAUACUUAGGAAGAGAUUGCAUAACCGUGCGGUACAUGUUUCAAAAUCUGACGACUCUACUAACCACCGCCCCAUCCAACACCAGAUGUAAGCAGUAACAAGCCUCUGUCACCCUGACACUGAAGUCUGACUUAAGACCAUAAUAUCAUAGACUGUGCGUAGUAUCACCUAGCAAUAUUUAUUUCUUCUAGCCAUGAAACUACGUGUCAAUUCAUUUGCCAUAUGCCAUAUGCAUCUGGUGAUCUUAAGAACUAUCGGCAAUUUUGCCUUACACGAAUCAUCUUCCUUUUAUUUCGUCGAUUAAUGACAAAUGCUUAAUGGUGAGUGCCGAACAAUUAAUCGGACAACAAAUUUUUCUCACGUAAAAUUCGUUUAAUUCAUAACUUUAUGUGCCACAACGCAGCACAUCCCCUCUCUCACGAUAUGGAACGAUCGAAGGCGCCAAAGACAAAACAAAACAAAACCAAAAAAAUCAGGAUUGAUGAGAAUACAGAGACUGUCCGUUAAUUUAGAUUGGCUCUGCACACUGCAUAUAUGUGUCUUGUUUUUUGGCCCACAAACUUUUGCAUACAUCCACACAAAUUUGAGAAAGCUACACAACACAGUAGUUUGAUAAUGCAACCGUUAGAUAGCGCAAGCUAGCUACACCUCCUUAUUUAUGUCAACGAAUCCUAAUUGGUCCCAGGAUUUUCUGGCGCCAAACAGCUAGGUAGCUAAAACCAAAAAUCUGCAAGCAGGUUCGUGUUGUGAAGGGUUCCAGAAUUCAGGAUUUCGGGAAGAUUGUUUCAGUGAAACAAGAAACAAAAACCAAAACGUCCACGGAGAACGCAGACGUUGGUAUACUGGAGCCUGGAGUUUGAGGAUUUGAUGGAAGACUUGACUCCGGAUUUUCACAAUGUGUUCAGUACCUGGACUCCCAACCCCAGGUUCAAAUGUAACUAUCCUCAUUACCAGAGUUAACUUGAAUCCCCUCUGUGUUCUCGUGGAAUUAUGGGGCAAUUUCGAUCAGGAGAGAAAGCUAGAUUACCAGCGCAUGAGAAGGGAAAUUCAGUUUCCCAAGGAAAUGUUUCGGGAAUCUGAAGGAAAUCCUGGAGACCUAUGCCUGGUACAAGUCUAUGAAACAUGGUACAGAGCACGUGUAGUGUCAAGAAGUGGGACAAGUUACAGCAUGUUCCUAAUUGAUGAGGGAAGAACGCUGAGUGCCACGUUCAGCACUUUAGCGUGGGGUCAGAAGGACUUUUUCCACCUGCCACCAGAGGUGGAGUUUUGUGUUGUUGCCAAUGUGUUGCCUCUGUCACCUGACAAUAGGUGGUCUCCAAUGGCCCUGGAGUUUCUGAAAUCUUUGUGUGGCAGAACAGUGAAUGGGUGUGUACAGGACGUGCUGGUGCCUCACAGAACUUUCCUCCUUGAUAUUCCGUGUAUAUCCAAACAGAUGUACGAAGUGGGAUUCGCAAAGAAACUGUCCAUUGAGAAGUUCAAGCUUUUUGUUUCAAGGUCUUUACAGUCACUGAGUGGGGCAGUGGUAGUGACAGAUUCUAAGCAGAUGACUUCAGUUAAAAGUGAACCGGUGGAGGUCCACAAACAAAUUGAAAAACGGCAGUGCUACAUGUAUCCAGAACUGCAAACCGAAACAGUUGAGACAGUAAUCGUCACAGAGGUAACAAAUCCACUGCGUAUUUUCUGUCAGUUGAAGGUUUUUUCUCAAGAGCUGAAGAAAUUGACCGAGCAGAUUACCCAGCAUUUUGAGGGAAGACUGAGAACCGGGGGGGCAAGACCUCAAGAUUUGGGGUCCCCCUGUGCCUCACGAGGAAGCGAUGGCAAGUGGUAUCGUUCCGUGCUUCAGCAGGUCCUUCCUUCUAACAACGUAGUGGAAGUACUGCACGUGGACUACGGAAAAAAAGACUUUGUUCAGCUUGAGAAUGUCAGACCCUUAGCUGCAGAGUUCCUCAGAAUGCCUGUUGUAACUUAUGUAUGUUCUCUCCAUGGUGUAAUUGACAAAGGUGUUGGGUGGUCGGCUGCUCAGAUUGGCUUUCUGAAAUCUUUAAUACAUCACCGAACAGUGAUUGCCAAAUUUGAAUACCAAAGCUUGUCGGAAGGUGUCCACUAUGUAACGCUGUAUGGAGACGAAAAUGUGAACAUCAACAACCUGUUUGGCAUGAAGGAAAAAUGCUUGCUCGAGUCUGAGAAAUCUUGUGAAGAUUAUGCUGUUCGAAAAGUUGUAGCAUCUCAGAAAUGUCAAGACGCGGUGGAAAAUGAAUCUCUGAGGAUGUCUCCUGGGCGAUGUAAUGUCACUAAAGAAAUUCAGGUGGUUGCGGCAACAGAAAGUCUACCACUGAAUUCAUCCCACAUGGCAGUUGUACAAUAUGUUGAGAGCCCGUCUGAUUUCUGGAUUCAGACACAGCAGUACGCCCUUGAAUUCGAUCAGUUGAUGAAUACAAUCAGCGAUCUGUACAGCAAUUCCGCUGAUACAGAAGGACUAGUCAGAAAUCCACAUGUUGGUCUUUUUUGUGCUGCCAGAUCACAGGACAAUGCUUUCUACAGGGCUACUGUUAGGGAACUCAUUAAAAAACAGGCAAAGGUGUAUUUUGUUGACUACGGAAACACAGAAGUUGUUGAUUGGUACAACUUAAGAGUCCUGCCAAAGAAGUGUCAAACAUUGCCCCCGUUAGCGCUAAGGUGCUCUCUCUCUGGAAUCAAGCCACAGGAUGGCAAAUGGAGCCAAAGUGCGAUUCUGUUCUUUUUCAAAGCGACUGAAGACAAGAUACUGGAUGUGCAUGCAUCUGCAAAGUCUCAAGAAAAAUAUUUUGUCCAGUUAACUGAUGCAUCUUCAAGCGGGAAGAAGAAUAUUGGUGAGAUGCUUUGCAGUGCGGGUUUAGCAGAAAUUGAUGACAAAAAUCCAGUUCCUAAGCAAGUGGAAAAGCCUCUUGUUGUGCCAACUGUGCAGGCCGCAGGUGGGAAAUGUUCAGAUGUGGACCAAAUGAAACCGGGGGGAACUCCAGGCUUGCUCAGUACUAUUCCCACUGUGACAGAGACCAGGUCUGUUUUCAAAGAACACUUGUUUCCAAUCGGAAGUUCUGUUGACGUCAAUGUGUCUUACAUUGAGAGCCCAAGUGAUUUCUGGUGUCAGAUAUCACAGAAUGCUGGAAGUCUAAAUUUGCUCAUGCAAGACAUUCAGAAACACUACGCUGACAGUGAGUUUCAGCAUCCCGUGGAAGCGGCCUGUAUCGCUCGGCAUCCUGACAAUCGAAUGUGGUACAGAGCACUUAUCAUUCAAAAACAUGCAUCUCCACAUGUUGAUGUACUGUUCAUAGAUUAUGGCCAAACUCAAAAGGUCCCCAUACAAGACCUAAGACCUAUAAAUCCAACAUUUCUGAAACCAAAAGGUCAAGCUUUUCGGUGCAGUCUGUACAACUUGAUUCAUCCUGCUGGUCAUUCUACUUUGGAGUGGAGUGACCUUGCUAUAUUGGAAUUUCAAGGUUUUGUGGAUUCUGCUGCUUCUUCCCACGUGGACCUGAGGUGUACCAUAUAUGCAGUCAUGUAUGAUGCCCAGAAAGUGGUCUUCAAUGUGGUGGAUCUUGAAACACCCUUUCAGAGUGUUUGCAGCUUGCUAGUUAAAAAGGGCUUAGCUGAUCGUGCUCCUCCAAAGAAGGUCCCUCUUCCACCUUUUCGGUUGGACACAUAUUACUAUUCCACUCACAACAUCAAAACGGGAGGUGAAGAGCAGGUGUAUGUAACCAGUGUGAAAAGUGUCAACCUCUUUUUUUGCCAGCUGGGAAGAAAUUCUGAUUUAGUGGAGGAACUGGCUUCAAAGGUCAAUUAUGUUUGCCGUCAGCUACAGUGUGUCAGUUGUCCCCAAACAUUUGGCACUGUGUGCUUUGCAAAGUACACUGAUGGACAGUGGUACCGAGGACAGAUUAAAUCUACACACCCAGCAAUCCUUGUGCAAUUUGUGGAUUACGGUGAUACACUAGAAGUGGACAAAUCUGAUUUGCUUCCAAUUCCCAUUGAAGCCAGUGAAAUUAUGUCUGUGCCUGUUCAAGCUGUGGAAUGUGGACUGUCUGAUAUUCCAGCAAACGUGCCAAGUGAUGUCAACGGCUGGUUUGCAAAUACCGCCACGGACCAUUCCUUCAGAGCAUUAGUGGUUGCAAAGGAGCCAUGUGGGAAACUAAUGGUGGAGCUCUAUGAUGGCAAAGUUCAAGUGAAUUCAAGGAUUAAAGAGAAGUUUCACCUUGAGGCACAGGGAAAAGAGAACGUAUCGUACGAGCAAUGUGAUGUCAGAGCGCAGCACCUGAAAGGUCCAUCCACCAGGCAUACUGAACACAUCAGGGCCAGUGAUGAUUACAAGUCUAAAUUGGCACCACAAAAGACUGAGGCCUAUGGGAGAAGUGAAAGCCUUAAACAAGUAUUUGCUAGUGACACAAGUUCCAGACAAAAACAGGAAAAUGUGAAGAAAUCGCACCAUGUUGGAAUUCAGUGGGAAUCAUUGGAGGUCAAAUUUGGAAAACAUGAAAGUCUACAAAGGCACCAAAUUCCACAGUCUCUCACUGAACACGAUGAAGGUCCUCCCAUAAGGAAUACUCAAGAUGAAUAUGGAGGAGAUUCAUUUGUGAUCUCUAAUACCAAAGAGCACAGCCUUCCAAAACUUGAAGAUCUCCCAACAAAGUCUGUGAAACCAGGUUUGUCCGCUGAAGUUUUUGUGUCACAUUGCAACAGCCCAUCAAGUUUCUUUGUCCAGUUAACAGAUGAGGAAAAUGAAAUCUUCUCUGUUGUGGAAAAACUAAACGAAGACCCAUCGACUCUCGAACAGGUGGACGCACACAAAUUGCAACAGGGCGAUUUGGUGAAUGCAGAGUUUGCAGAUGAUUGCUCUUGGUACCGUGCUGUUGUUAGAGAGAAAAUGGGAAACCACAAAGUGCAGGUGGAGUUCAUAGACUUUGGAAAUACAGCAACUGUUUCAUCCUCAAAUAUAUGCAGACUGGACAGACAGUUCCUUGAGCUUCCUAGGUAUAGCAUUCCUUGCCUGCUAAGUGGAAUACCCAGUGCUCACAAGGGUCAGUGGGACAAAGAAAUAGUGGCAAAAUUCCAAAAAACAGUUGGAGAAAAUGCUGAGAAGAAACUUAAGUGUAGUUUCAUUAAACAAACGGAUUACGCUUGGGAGGUCAGUCUUGUUGACCAGAAUGUGGUGCUAGCAGAUACAUUAUUUGACAGUGGUGUUGCUGUGGUGUCAGAUGGAUUUACAAAACGGUCAAACAAACCGCAAAGCUGCAUGUUUGAGAGCACGCUUCCUGAGAAAUCAAAGAAUGAAUCCAAGAUUGAUGUCACUACAUUGGUUUACAAAACGCCUGACAUUUCAGAAGGGCAGACGUUUGAAGUGUAUGCCACUUCUAUAGUUGGGCCUGACUACUUUUGGUGUCAGUAUGCACAUUCUGACCAGCUCCAUAAGAUCUCUGACGUGCUUGGAGAAAUGGCGAGUUCUGCGCUACAGGAAGCUACCUGGGCAGGUGAUUUGUACCCUGGAAGCCCAUGUCUUGCUCUUUUUAAAGAGGAUGAACAGUGGUAUCGUGCAGAGGUAAUCACAAAGACCGAAAACGUCUGUUCAGUACUUUUUGUAGAUUAUGGAAACGAAUCGGAAGUUGAGCAAAACGCCAUGAUGCCAGUACCACCUCCUUUGCUGGAGGCUGUCCCUCAGGCCUUUUUGUGUCUACUGGAAGGGUUCGAUCCCUCACAAGGCUCUUGGGAUGAAAGUGCAGCUGAUCAGUUCUUUGGCCUUCUCACAGAUGAAGUGCUGAGUGUGACUAUUCUUAAAGUGAAAAAUACAAAAGAUAGAAGAACCCCUCGGUACCAAGUCAGAGUUGUACGUAAUGAAGAAGUGAUAAAUAAUAGAAUGCGGGACUACUGGAAACAUUCAGUUUCUCUUGACGAUAGCAGGUUGCCCACAGUUGUGGAGGAACCUUCCACGGAAGCAACUGUCUCGUGUUUUGAACUUCACUCAGCUGGGCAAGCCGUCUCCAUGGACCUGUGCCCUGAGCAGAAUUCGGAGAACGCUUCUCUCUCCAGAGAUUUUCCUCAAAGUUUUGGAAGCCAAACCGAACAAUCGGAAUCGUUAAACAGGGAGGAAGCCAUUGAAGUGCCAGAACAGCAUUUGGACCGUCCAGUCGACAGUCCAUCUGUGGAGAAAACAGAAGUUGAAGACGAAGACAUGAAACUAGGUUGCACCUCAAAGUUGGUGAGCGGUUUUGAUAAAAAUCAGGAAUGUGCUGUGUUGGCUACAGUUGGUGAAGAGAACAAUGAAGGAAACACAAUCCCAAGAGGGGGAAAUGUAGUGGAAGAGACUUCAUUUGUCACAGAGGAUGCAAGUGAUGGGGCACGCACUCCCUCUGACCACGGUGAAGACUCAAAAGACACAGGCUUGACUUUGAUUGGGGUUACAGAUUCUGUUUCAGAGACCACCUGUGCAGUCACUUGUAGUAUACACAUGCCUAGUUGUCCUCCAGAAGUACUGGAAGAAAGUACAGAAUGUGUCUCAGAAGGUGCGUCCAUAGCCGAAGGGUCUUGUCUAAUGGCUUCUCCCUCAGAGGAAUUACCUGCCGUCUGCCUUGCGAUGUCUGAACAAGAGAGCUGUGAGAGUGAACUGUCUACUAGUGAGCCGUUCAAGGACUCUGAGGAACAUGUUGCACCUGCUGAUAGCAGGAACACAGCUAUUGAGGAACAUGCCUGCGCACUGGACGAAACCGAUCCCCUGCUCUACAAGGUGGGCGAGAGCUUUGAUGAACUGAUGGUGUUGCAGGAAGACCACUGUGCAGAAGUACAGACCGAUAGCGACAUUUACGAGGAGGUUUUCAAACAGUGCACAGGGCCAAACCUAAAAGAUAUGGGACCAGUGCCUUUGUUUUCAGAAAGAAAAGAAAUGAAAGAAAAUGUGGAGGAAUACCACACAUCCAGAAUUGAUUCCAAAUUUGGAGACCCGAUGAAGGCUCAAGAGCAGCUCUGUGUUGGGUCAGAGUGUUUUAUCUGGUCUUAUGCUCACGACAGUUGGUGCAGAGCGAAGAUUGUGAAAAUAUCAGAGGACAACGCGAAGGUUUUUCUUUUGGACCAUGAUGCAGAAGCAAUCGUAGACAUGCAGAAUGUCUUUCAAAGAAUUCCUGAAACACCAGCCCAGUGUUUGCGUGAUCCAGUUUCUGACAUCUGUUCAUCGCAUGGUGAAUUCCAACUAGCACAGGACAUGGCACAUGAAGAAGAGCCUGCACGUGGUGAAUUUUCACCAGGAAGUGCUUCAGAGGAGGUCCAUUAUGACAGUGCUACAGAUGUGGAAUGUUGUGGUCUCUUUACAGACCAGGAUGGCGAGAUUGAUGGGACAUCUGAAGGUGGAGUUGAUACAUUACCAGUGUCUGUGACGGAUGAAACGGUCCAGAGUGAGACGCAGCAGGCUGGUACCCCUGCUUCAGCUGAAGCUCAAUUCGAGGAGCAGAUGUCCCACGUGACCCAUCUUACUCUGAAAGUCGAAGAAAUGUCCGAUGACGAGGUCAUAUUUGUCAAGGAGAUGCAAGUGCGCAGACAGCUGGUUCGGGAGCUCGGGGCAAAUGAGAAGGAACAAUCCGAGGACCUGGACUAAUAAUCUGUUACACUUGGCUACCCUAUAUUAGGCACUUGUGGGUGCUCUGUAAAACUAAUUUCUGAAUGAGGCACUUGCUUUUGGGUUUAAACGCGUAUUAACACUUAAUUUGUACCAGGAAAAAAAAAACAGUUCUUGUAGUUUUCUUUAGCCAUUGUCAUUAUUUUGUAAAGGUAGCAAUGUCCAAUUUUUGCCCACAUUGGUACAUUUUGACGAGCUAUAUUGAACCAUCAUUAAAAUUCUGACAAGGCCUGUAGCAGCAAUAACAUCCUUUCGGACAGGAAAAUGCAAUCCAGUGGAAUCUUCCUAUAUAUGUGGUAUUCUAAAAGACAUUUGUGCCUUGAUUUCAUGUCUCUAAAUAUGCAUUUGAUUUCUUAUGUAAAUACUCAAGUGGAAACCUGGUACAGUGAGAAAUUGUGAUGACUGUAGGCGUUUCCAAAAUACUCUUUGCUUAUGUUUGCGUUUGUGUUCUAACAGCAGGGAAUUAUUUGUUAGCAGUUCUGAGAGGGAUCAUAUUGUAUUGUGCAGCCACUUGUUUUGGUCAAACCUGAAAACCAGUUGGUGUCUUAGAAUGGCUUUUUGUAAUUUUUUGACGGCAUUUUGAUUGGAAGCUAAAUUCUAGAACUGAAAUCUAAAUUCAGGGAAUUCUGGAAUAAGCAUAUCAAGUGCUUACCAACAUCUAAACCAAUCAAGAAUUACAAAUGGUGCACCUUAAUUUUUUGAAUUUAAUUGAAGUGAUUGAAAUCCCUCAUAAUGGCAUCAUCAUUUUCUUUUGCUUGGCGUGUGGUUGUUGAAGCACAAUAAACAUGGUGUACUUCAUAAUUAGUUGUCUGUGUGUAUAAGCACAUGCUUUUGCAACCUUCUAAUGCCUAAGUCCAUUUAUGGCCAGCACUGUAAAUAGUUACGUAAUAAAGUCAACAUUUCAACGCA